AUGCCAAAAAAAAAGCAAGUUACUUUACAGAAUAGUAUUCAAGGAAAAUUUAUCCCAAGAAAUGUUCCACCACCAGGAUCAGUUUUUCCUUCGAGAGCUAAUGAUAAUCGAUUUAAUGCAAAAAUGGCUGAAUUACUUGCAUCUUCGUCAACAAUGAGUGAUGAAAACGAAGUUGUCUCAAAUAGAUCUUCUCAAGAUGAUCGAAUCUCAAAUGAAAUCCAAUCAGUUGAGUCACCACGUACUCAUUCUAAACUAUUUCAUAGACGUAUAGCUACUAUGCUUGAAACAAUUAGAAAAUCUAAUGAUGAUUCUUCGAAAGUACGAAUAACAUCCUCGCAUACUGAAUAUAAAUCGCAAUCAAUUACAUUUGGUCAAUUACGACAAGCAACAAUAUCGUCUGUACCUGAACAAGUGCUAGAAGAUAAAUCAAGUUCUUAUCAAAUAAAAAAAGAUAAUGAAGAAAAAUAUGAUAAAACAUUAAUAUCGUUUGUAAAACAAAAUAAUGCAAAUUCAAAUGCAACAACAUCAAAAGGUUCUACAAAACAUCAAACACAUAGAGAACGAUUAUAUUAUUCAUCAUCGCUUGAACAACUACUUGAACAACAGAAUGUUACUGGAGAAAUGAAAACCGAUGAGAAAGAAAUAGAAAAACCAUCAUUAACUGUUGAUGAAAUUCUUGCUCUGCAUUAUUCGAAAGUCAAAUUAUCAAGAAAUACAGAAACUGAUUCGCCAUCUUCUGUUUAUCCUAAUAAAACUGUUGCAAGUUUUUACAUGAGUUCUUCUGUGCCAAAAUGGAAUUCUUUCCAAACUAAUCAAGAUAAUCCUUCUCCACAAUUGAUGUUAAAUGAGCAAAACAGAACACGACCACCCCCACCUUCCUAUUCAUCCAGUAUAACUUAUGGUCAUCGAACAACUUCAUUAGUAACUAAUCCAGUUCAACAUCAUAUUCAUCCAUCUGUUCCGUCAUCCAAGGUUGAAAAUGUUUAUUCUGGAACAUCAACAUCUCCACAUCUAUUAACAGGGAAUUCAUCUUUCGUGCUUUCAAAUUCUACUUCUUCGUUCACUUCAACUAUGAAUAAUUCAAUAAGUAAUAAUUUUAUUCGACCACCACCUCCACGUUAUCAAUCACCAACGCCAAAUGCAGAAUCUUCACAAUUAGCAUCUAGUCAACAACCAAAUAUUGUCAAUAGUGUGGAUGAUGAUAAUAAUAAUAAUAAUACUAAACCGUCAAUAGGCUUUGAUCAUGAAUUUUCACGUUUACUUUAUGGUAAAGAUGCUGAAAAAAAUCGACGUCAAAAACAAAAACGUAAAGCUUUCAGUGAGCCUGUCAAAAAAUGUGUUGAAGAAGCUAAUCGAUCUAAUGAGCAAACUCGUCGUCGAGUAACGUCUUAUUUAAAUAAAUCUAAUACAGUUAAAGAAGAGGAAGACGAAGACGACGAAGAAGAAGAAAAUGAUUAUGGAAUAGAAACUACGAAAUUGAAUAAUCAGAAACAAGAAUUAAAUUUUCCUCUACGAAGAAGAUCUCAGCGACAGUCUAAUUUCAUCAGAAGAAAUCGUGAAUCAGCCAAAGCAGCUCUUGUGCCAGCAAAUCCGUCAUUAAAGCAACGAGUUCCAUCAUUUUUACGUGUUUAUUCUCAAGCAUCAUCAUCCAACGAUAUUCUUCUUCAAUGGGAGUUGUUUAAUUUUUCUGAACUUGACACAUUUUAUACGAUGAUGAGUAGAUUAUAUAAAAAUGAAAAUUUAGCUCGAGUACAACUUUAUGAAAUUUAUCGAACAGCGUUACUUUCAGUGCUUGCAUCAAAGAAAUCUCUAAGCAGUGAUAAUCAAACUAUUGCUAUCACGACAGCUUUAUAUAAAAACAAAAUGAAUCUUGUUGAGAAACUUUUAAGUGAAAACUCUCAUGUUCAUAUUCGUGAUGAUAAACGUGCUGCUGUAGAGCAAACAGUUCGUUCAUUAAUUAGUGAAGGACGACAAAUGUUACACGUGGUGGCAGAUUUUGACUUUACAUUAACGAUGUACGAAAAAAACGGAGUCAUUUUACCAUCAACCUUCGGCGUUAUUGAAUCGAAUGAUCAAAUAUCACUACCCGAUGGUUCAUUACUUUCUCAAAAAGCUGAAGAAUUACGAUUAAAAUAUCAUCCAAUUGAAAUAGACGUUCACAUGGAUAUAUCAGAAAAACUGCCGUACAUGAUUGAAUGGUGGCGUUCAGCACAAAGUCUAUUUGUUUUAUCAAAUCUGACUAAAUCGGUAAUGCGUAAACUUGUUCAUGAAUCAAGCAUGGAAUUGAAGGCAGGUGUUCAAGAAUUUAUGAUUGAUUUAUUGCGUAGUGAAACACCUAUUCUAAUAUUUUCAGCUGGUUUAGGUGAUAUUAUUGAAAUUUUUCUUGAAAAAGAAAUUCCUGAAUUUAGACACAAUCAUGAAUCAUCACAUAUUGUUUCAAAUUUUAUUCAAUAUGAUAAUGAUGGAAAAUUGAAAGGAUUUAGUGAAAGAUUAAUUCAUUCAUUUAAUAAAAACGAGCAUGAAAUUCAUGAUACGUCUUAUUUUCAAACAAUUCUCACCCGGCCCAAUGUUAUUCUUUUAGGUGAUACACUUGGCGAUGUUGGAAUGAUUGGCGGAAUGAAAAAUUUAAAACAAAUACUUAGAAUUGGCUAUUUAAAUCAGAGUACACCAGCAAAAUUAGAAGUUUAUAAAAAUGUUUAUGAUAUAGUCAUAUGUGAUAAUCAAACCUUUGAUGUUCCUAAUGUCAUAUUAAAAGCAAUUGAAAAAUGA